GUCCGAAGCGGGCACAUGUAUUGCAACCCGGUUUUCUAUUUCCUAAGACGUUGUGCUAGUUCAUGUCUUGGUUUCGAUUAUUCUGAGGAUUAGGGUGUAGGUUUGUUACCGGGCUUUCCUCCUCUCACUUAUUUCAUCACCUGUUUGCGCUCAGUGGACCCGAGCCGGUUUAUCCUCAGCUAGUCAGUCUGUUCCUUUGUUGCUACAGUGCAUCAGGUUUCGAUCUCGACAGCAGUCUGGCGUCUUCGCCAUUUGUUUUUAGACCUGCGGCCGGGUUGUGUCGGACAGCAUGUCGUUUAGGAGGGCUGUCAGGCUGGUGUGCGGGCUCGCUGGCGGGUCAGCGGUGCUGGUAGCGGCGGCAGCGGCGGCGGAUGCCCGGGGGACUUUCGGGGACGCGGGAUCCCGGGAGAGCCCCAGAAAGUGGACGAGCUUGGCAGUGCUUCAUGCUGCUCAGACCUGGACGUCAGGGAACCAACACACCGUGCCGCCGAGUGGAAACGCCUGGGACCAUAACUGGGAUAAGCGUGAGCCCCUCUCCCUCGUGAACACGAGGAAGAAAGAGGAGAAGCAAGGCAACAGCGGGGACCUGUCCGCAGAGCUGGACAGCAACAAGCCCAAGGCCACGCGCCACAUCCUGCUGGUCCGCCACUCGCAGUACAACCUGAACGGCAGCGGGGACAAGGAGAGGACUCUGACGGCUCUGGGUAGACAGCAGGCAGAAUUGACUGGGCAGCGUUUGGCCGAACUGGGUCUGAAGUACGACGUCCUCAUCCACUCUACCAUGAUGCGAGCCACAGAGACCGCUCAGAUUAUCAGCAAGUACCUCCCAGGGGUUGAGAAGGUCAGCUGUGAUCUGCUUCGGGAAGGGGCUCCUAUCGAGCCAGUGCCUCCAGUCGGUCACUGGAAGCCUGAAGCUGUGCAGUAUCACGAAGACGGAGCCCGGAUAGAGGCAGCCUUUCGACGGUACAUCCAUCGCGCCGACGCCAAGCAGAAGGAGGAUAGCUACGAGAUCAUCGUGUGCCACGCCAACGUCAUCCGGUACUUUGUGUGUAGGGCUCUGCAGUUCCCCCCCGAGGGCUGGCUGAGGAUGGGACUGAACAACGGUAGCAUCACCUGGCUCACCAUCCGGCCGAGCGGCAGAGUGGCCCUGCGGACUCUGGGGGACUCGGGGUUCAUGCCUCCAGACAAACUAACUCGCUCCUGACACCAACAGCCCCCCCCAGAACAUCAAACCUCGCCAGCUCUCUUCUGCGUCCAUUCAGCGUUCGACCGAAUAGGAAGCUUUAGCGCCUGAGCGUAGUGUCUUCUCUACUGUCAAUUUUCCCACAGUGUCUUGGAAGAUUUUGUGUAAAUCUGCACAAUUUUUUUUUUUUUUUUUUUGGAUGAUCCCUGUAGUGUAUUUUGACAUCUACAAAAAAGGACAACCGUCUGAUACUAUUUGUCUAUUAACUCCGUUUUCUACAAUAUGAUACGAUGGACAGUACGCUUGCAUACCUUGUUCACGAGAGGCCAUUGUAUACAAGCGGGACAGAGCAAGCAGCUGCAAGGGAUGGAGAACUGCUCUCUCUAAGAUGGGUAUCAGUACUAUAAUAGAAGAAAAAAUCUUUUGAGGUAUAUUUUGAAAAGAAGACAACCCAGAGCUAUUAAAAUUCACAUCGCCUAACCCUUUUAUAUCUUCCAGAAUGAGCACAAAGUAAAAUAGAAACUGCCUGGAGAGGUGUUUGCUGCAGUAUGUUGGAUGUUAGCACCCUUUUUUCUGGAAUGUUUUAGCACAAUAAAAUUUGAUGCAUUUCC